AUGGACGACCAGGGAUUUUCGUCGCUGGCGUUUGGACGAUCACAUUCCGUUUCAUGUGAUUCUCCCAUUUUCUACCCCCCAACGCAGGAGACUCCUGAAUCCAACACGCAAAUCACAAUGCGUCGGAAGGAGAUUUUUGAUCGGGUGUAUGGCCAGAUUAUUUUUCCACCUGUACUUGGACUUUUUAUCGAUAGUCCGCAGGUACAGCGCUUGAGGGAUCUCAAGCAGGUCGGCAACACCCACUAUGUCUACCCAAGCACGACGCACACACGGUUUGAGCAUUGCCUUGGGGUAGCCCACCUCGGGAUGCGCUUUUUCAAGCAAAUUUUCGAAAACCAGGCGGAGAACAAAUUUCUGAUGAAGCUGCCAGAUAUCUCAAGCGAUGAGAUCGUCAAAGAUCUCUGGUGCGUGGGCAUCGCCGGGCUCUGCCAUGACCUUGGCCACGGGCCACUUUCGCACAUGUUUGAAAAGUACGUCAACGAGAUCCGCGCCUCCAAGCACAUACCACUGUGGUCUCAUGAGGAGGCCAGUGUUUUAAUGGUGCGCACGAUCUGGCGAAACCGACAGGAUGAGCUGGAGCAGAUGAAGCUUUUCGAGACCGAUCUGCGUUUUGUGGAGCUGCUUAUUCAUGGGUUGGAUCCAUUGGCGGAGUGGCCCGAGAAUGAAGUGGGCCGCCCGCCCUCGAGGCGUUUUAUGACGGACAUCAUUGCGAACCGGCGCAGCGGCCUGGAUGUGGAUAAGUUAGACUACAUUCAACGGGAUUCACUAAGUUGCUUUGGCUCGUGUGCCCUCUCGUCGGUUGAGCGGAUCUUUCAGGGGGCGUAUGUCUUAGAGGACGAAAAUGGACAAACCGAGAUCAUCUACCAAGAUAAGCUCGAGGGUACUAUCGAAGAGGUUUUUAUCAACCGUGCGCGUCUUUUUCGACUCGUUUAUCAGCACCGUGUUUCUCAAGUUAUGGAUCAAAUGACCCUCGACGCGUUUGUGGCGGCCGACGAGUUCUUUACGAUCAUUCAUGAGGGAAAGGAGUACCGACUCAGCGAGAUUGUUGACCAUCCAGAAGCGUAUCUGCAGACCGGGGAUUGGAUACUGAGUUCGAUUCGCUAUAGUACAAAGCCUGAGCUGAAGCCAGCCCGUGAUAUCCUAAAUAGCAUCCAGUAUCGACAUAUUUAUAAAACCUUAGGCUACUACACGACCAGCUCCCCGAGUCAGGCCAAAGCUAUUACCGCGCGUGAUCUCAUCGCAUCGGUAGAAAGUUUCGAUUUAAAGGAACAAAUGGAGAUGUGGGAGGAUGAAACCGGUCUCUGUCCCAUUGCGAUGCUGGGAUUAACCAUUUACAAGGCUUCUAAGGAUUUAGGGGAUGUCGAUCCCCUGAGUCGGAUUCGUUUUUUUAACCCACGUCUAGAACCCCUUUGCCCAUAUUUUCCUACCGAACAGCGCGUCACCAACGCUCUUGAUACGCGCGAUCAAUUCCGCGUCGUGGCAGUUUCGCGAAUGAACCUCAACGUGGAGGAUUCCAAUAUCCUCAUCGAUACUUUCAAGAAUUAUGCGGCAAAACAAGACAUACUACGCCCCAUCGGCCGCACCGAAACCCCAGUGCGCUCAAACAAGCGUUCGAGGGAAAAUUCCAACGAUGACUUUCUAUUUCCUGAUGUUGGAUUUACUCAGAAUAGUAAAUAUUUAACACCGAAAAGGCAUCGAACCAAUAGUCAACCCCCAGUUAUUUUGACCCAUCUUGGCAAAUAG